GCGCUGCCGCCCUGUCUUUGCUUCCUGCUCCAUUCCGGGCUGCAAGCUGAUGGAGGACGAGGAUGGGGAAGAACGGGCGCUGCUUGGGGGCCGCCCCGAGGCGGACAGCGCAGGCCAGGGCGCCCCUCGCGCCCUGCCCGCGCUCUGCGACCCGAGCCGCCUGGCGCACCGGCUCGUGGUGCUGUCGCUGAUGUGCUUCCUUGGCUUCGGCAGCUAUUUCUGCUAUGACAACCCUGCUGCCCUUCAGACUCAGGUUAAACGGGACAUGCAAGUGAAUACCACGAAAUUCAUGCUGCUGUAUGCCUGGUAUUCUUGGCCCAAUGUAGUUUUGUGUUUCUUGGGUGGCUUUUUGAUAGACCGCAUAUUUGGAAUACGAUGGGGCACAGUUAUUUUUAGCUGCUUUGUUUGCAUCGGACAGGUUAUUUUUGCUCUGGGUGGUAUAUUUAAUGCUUUUUGGCUGAUGGAGCUUGGGAGGUUUGUGUUUGGGAUUGGUGGAGAGUCCUUAGCAGUUGCCCAGAAUACAUAUGCUGUGAGCUGGUUUAAAGGCAAAGAAUUAAACCUGGUGUUUGGGCUUCAGCUCAGCAUGGCCAGAAUUGGAAGCACAGUGAACAUGAACCUCAUGGGCUGGCUGUAUGGGAAGAUCGAAGCCUCACUGGGCUCAGCCGGCCACAUGACCCUGGGCGUGACACUUAUGAUUGGGGGCAUCACGUGCAUCCUUUCACUAAUCUGUGCUUUGGUCCUUGCUUAUUUGGAUCGGAGAGCAGAGAAAAUACUUCAUAAAGAACAAGGAAAAACAGGUGAAGUCAUUAAGCUGACGGAUAUAAAGGACUUCUCCUUACCCCUGAUACUGGUCUUCAUCAUCUGUGUCUGCUACUACGUGGCGGUGUUCCCUUUCAUUGGGCUGGGCAAAGUUUUCUUCAUGGAGAAAUUCAGAUUUUCUUCCCAGUCAGCAAGUGCAAUUAACAGUAUUGUGUAUAUCAUAUCGGCACCCAUGUCCCCAGUAUUUGGACUCUUGGUGGAUAAAACCGGCAAGAACGUCAUCUGGGUCCUGUAUGCGGUAGCCGCCACCCUCAUGUCCCACAUGAUGCUGGCCUUUACCUUUUGGAACCCAUGGAUUGCUAUGUGUCUCCUGGGGUUCGCCUACUCAUUGCUGGCCUGUGCGUUGUGGCCAAUGGUGGCAUUCUUAGUCCCUGAGCACCAGCUGGGAACUGCAUAUGGAUUCAUGCAGUCUAUUCAGAACCUCGGGCUGGCCGUCAUCUCCAUCCUUGCUGGCAUGAUACUGGAUACACAGGGAUACUUGCUUCUGGAGGUGUUCUUCAUUGCCUGUGUUUCUCUGUCGCUGUUAGCUGUGGUCUGUCUGUAUUUGGUGAACCGUGCCCAAGGUGGGACUCUAAAUUAUUCUGCAAAACAAAGGGAACGGAUGAAGCUUUCUUAGCCAGAAUAAAGCUCUGAAAUGACUACCGUGAGAAGGCGUAGCAUUCUCUGCUGACUGGAAACCUUCAGGAAGAGUUUCUUUUUUAAAAAAGUCAUGUAGAAAAAUAAUAGAGUGGAAAAUAUAUUUAUAUUUGAAAUAUUUCUACUUAAAGUGGUUCAUGCAGACUUUUAGCCUUUCGUAACCAUGUGUUGUGAAAGAUUUCUAGUCAACAGUGAACAGUUUAGGGAAUCUGGAACAUUCAGGCCAGGACCUCUGUAAGGGUCUGCAUCAUCUGCUGGGGUGAUUUUUAAUAAGAGCAUCCUCCGGAUGUAUAUAGCCUUUCCUUUGUAUUAUAGCAGGAAAAAGGGAAAAGCCCACAGAACGUGAGGGGCUGGGGUGGAAGGCUGUUACAUAAUAAAGAAUGACAUUUUAACCGAACUCACGGUGUUCUAGAGAACAAUUCCUCCAUAUUUCCCACUAGGAGAUUAUGUGUGGAUGUCUUAGUGAUGGCUGCUGAGAAGCAAACCUUUGAAAAUUUUUUUCCUUCUCCUUAAAGACAAUAAAAGUGUCCUUCAAUUUAUGAUGGCUGUCUAUGUCCAUGGGUACAUAAAACCAAUGCAAAAGGUAUACUUGAUGUCUUCCUCAUAUUGCAACACUGAUUUCAAGUUUUCUGUGGAAGAUAAUCUCCAGAGAUCAAAUCUGCAAAAAGGAAAUGUCCUAAGUACAUUUUGAAUGGUUUUAUAGGUGUAGGGUAGUUGUGGUGCGUGGCAUUAUAUGUUUAAAGCUUUGCCACCAAGGUCUGGAGAGACAACCCGGCGGUUAAGAACAUUUACUGCUCAUUGAGAAGACCCAGUUCAGUUCUCAGCAUCCACAUGAGGCCCCUCAUGGUUACCCUACUCCAGCUCUGAGGGAUCCAGCACCCUCUGAUCUUCUCAGGCCCUUGCAUGUGUGCACACAUGUGUGUGCAUACACACACAUACACACACACACACACACACACACACACACACGAUGAUGAAUCUUAAAUAGUGCAGAAACAGUUUGAAAAUGCAUUCCUUUUCUUUGUGGUUUAUAACUUGUUAUGCAUUCUUCACUUGUGAGUUUCGAGGCUUUGACUACAUGUGGCUCUUGUAGCACAUGUCAAGUGUACUAAGUGGCUCCUCCUCACUGGCCCUGCCCUUUCCACUGUGUGUCCACACAAGGUGUGGGAGCCUCCACAUGUUGAUGACUGGGUUGCCUGCCUGCUCAUCUCACAGGGUGUCCAUUGCGAUUUCCUUCUCUAGAGUGUUCUCUAGUGCACACUCUAACCUGGCUUCAUCUGACGUCAACAAAUCCCUAGUUUCCAGCCCAGAAUCAUCCUAACAGAGAAACGUCUCCAGCCCUCUCAGGCCGUAUACAAUUUAUGAUACCCAUGGACUUGAAAACCUCAUACUGUGCCUUUUUAGCUCACUUCGGUUUGUCAGGAAUUUGUGUCCCUGUGGGUUUGGGGUUUAUUUGAUCUUCCUUAGAUUGUCAGCUCCACGAGAGCAGGGCCAUUGCCUGGUUUGUUAGUGAAUGUAUCGCAGUGCCUAGCAUAAUGUAUGUACAAAACUUUUUUCUUUUUGUAUAAUGUAUAAAAUAAAAAGUAAUUGGAAUAACCUAUUUGGAGGAUAAAUGGCAAUACAAAUAAAAUGAUCCAGAAAGGC